GUCGAAUAUCAAAACAGAGCAGCAGCAGACAGCACUGAAUCUCUGCAUGUCAACUUUACACGGUCGUCAAAUUGAAAAGACCUGGAGGUGAUGGAGAAGGAGUGGAGGGAGGUGGAGGAGCAGGUGGAGAGGCUGAUGAGCGGUCAGGGGUCAGAGGUCACCGGGUGUGACCUGUGCCCGGAGCAGUGCAAACCGGCCACUCUGAAGAAAACCGUCACCUACAUCGUCUGUGCCGUCAUUUUCAACGAGAAGGAGGAGGUGCUGAUGGUGCAGGAGGCGAGGCAGGACUGCUAUAAGCAGUGGUACCUGCCUGCAGGGAGGGUGGAGGUGGGGGAGAGCCUGGAGGAGGCCAUGAGAAGGGAGGUAAAGGAAGAGGCGGGGUUUGACUGCGAACCAAUCACCUUGCUGCUGAUCCAGGAGCAGGGACCACAGUGGAUCCGCUUUAACUUCCUCGCCAAAAUCACAGGUGGGAGUCUGAAGACUCUGUUAGAAGCAGAUCAGGAGUCUCUUCAGGCCGGCUGGUGGGACAGAAAGGCUGUCCUCCCUCUGAGAGGACGAGACAUCAUCCGCAUCAUCGACUGCGGGCUCAAGUACUGUCAGGGACCCUGGCAUCCUGUCACACUACCGUUAGACCUGAGCUGCCGUCACGUUGUGCAGAAACUCGUCCUGGUUUUCACCAAUGCUGCGGACAAGAUCUGGCUCCUGCUCAUCAAAGCCCCUGGGCUCCACCUCCCCUCGGCUGCUGCAGUGAAGACCCACGCUGUGACGUGGGCGGCCAACAUGGUGGUGCAGGAGGCGCUGCCGACGGCGUACUACGACCAUGACGUCAACACUCUGGGGGUCUUUAGCCUGCAGCACAGCGGCCGGCAGCAGGGCAGGACGGACGGCGUGUGCUUCAACACGCUGGUUGCGCUGGUGCCCGACCGCGUCCAGCGCAACCAGGACGGAGAGAAGGUGGCGUCAACGGGGGUGCUGCAGCCUCCACCUGUAGAAAACCCUCGAUACCUCUGGCAUGAAGUCCACAAACAGACACUGAGAGAGAAACUGCUGGAAAAGAUCAGAAACACCUCCAUCUUACCUCUCCACAGCAUGUACUGAGCACCUUAUAUCCAGAGGUGGGAAGUAACUAAGUACAUUCAUUCAAGUACUGUACUUAAGAACAAUUUUGAGAUACUUGU